AAACAACCCAAUGGUGCAUGGUUGAGCCGACAACGUAACUGGCAGGGACGGUAUGCAAGCAAACAAGAGCGGCAGGUCCAUUGCGUCGUCAUCCCCGACGAGGGAUCGCAUCGAGAAAGAGCCCGGGACGCCAUCGCCGAAGAAGAAGAAGGUGUUCACGGUGGCUCGAUCGGUCCCGUCGACGCCAACGUUGGACUUGAGCGGUGCCAAUGACUCGCUCCUACCACUGGGGAAACCCAGCAUGUCCAAGGGCGAAGUGAAGAUGGUUUUGAACAAGCAGAUUCGCCGCGAUAACAAUGGCAAGAUCAUGACGCACGCCGCACUUGGCACCCAGGACGACGUCGAGCAGUUUGACGAGUACUUGCAGUCGGUAGCAACCACGUCCAACAGUGCUCUGAAGUCCCCCGGCGGAAAGAACCCUAGCCUUCGAUCACUCAAACGCGUGGCAAGUCGUUUCAUGACAAAAGGGCAAUCCACACGUAACAUGACGGCCAGCGAUACCAUCGGCACCACAACGUUGCCUCGGAUGUCGUUGGACUCGCCACACCUUCCUGCGCUGCCACCGGAAUCUCAAGCAACUCAACCUCCCAACGUUGGGUCUUCUCCUGGAAACAACUCAAAGCAAGCCCUGAAAGAGUACAAGAAGAUGCUUCGAGCGAUGCCCAUCCACGAGCGCAUCUCGAUGGAAAGGGAGAAGAACGUUCUGCUGAUCUGGGAGACGCGCAAUCGGGAAUGGGAAAAGUUUCGAGCGAAAAUGUCCAAGAAACUCAACAAGCCCGAAACCGACCUCGUCAUGGUUAAAGCAUCCGAGUACCGCCAGCAAAUGGAGGAGUACGACCUCAUCAACAAAGCCACGCCGCAGGAAGAAAAGCACGGCAACGACUACUGGUCGGUGAGUCUUCGGGACGAAGGCACGCGGUUUGUACCGGUGGGGAAUGUGUUCAGCGGCCUCUUUUGCCCCGUGCGAGAAGACAAGAACCCGAUCACGGAAACCAUUCGCCGCCCGAUGGAGAAUCGACAAGAUAAGGCGAAACCCAACGAACGCCAUCAAGGCAAGUUCAACGAAGCGCUCCUGGCCAGGAAACGGCAGCUGCGACGCAACAUCCAGCACAUACAGCCCCAUCACAUCGACUCGGACCACUGCGACGGCCUCAAGGUCGAGUCCACGGAAUUGUUUGAAUGGGCCGCCAGGAGCUCACAGCAGCACUACGACCACUUGCUGCAAGACGAACAAGCGCAACAGUCGACGGAACGCGAGCGCCGCGCCGACGACACCCGCCCCAGUGGUGCCUUGUCGAGUCGCAGCAACCAUGACGUUCCAACCAACUACCGCGACGGUCCGUGCUUUCAAUUCGUCCACCCCACGACGGGGGAUGCGGUCGAUGACCUGUUGAUGCACGUGUCGUUCCAUGCCAAGAUUGGCGCAGUGCACACCCAGGACGUGCUCGUGCGCAACCCAGGGCCCCUCGCCAUGCACUUCACAUGGAGCCAGUAUCCUCUGUCGCAUCGGGACUUUGCUGUUGACACCGGCCGACCUCGAACAUUUGUGUCCCAACUCACGGGUACGCAAUACCAUCCAUCCCCUGCACAAUCAAUGCAAUGGUAUACAGGCGUUCUGGCGCCGCAUAUGACGUCGCGGUUCACGUUUGGGUUUUCGUCGGCGACCCCGGGCCUGUUUUUAGAGAUGUGGAAGCUCACAAUCGACCCGUACUUGGCCGAGCACAACAACGACCCGCGGUAUGCCGUCGAGCGCACGAUUCACAUGUCUUGCGCAGCAGUGGACCAUCGCGCACCGUUCAAAGCCCGGAAGGCCAUUAUGGCCGACGUGGACACUCGCAGCACGUCGUACAUGCUCGAGAGUCUCUUGAGAGACAUUCUCGCCAACGUCGAGUACCCGACGGUGCUACUACGGAACGAAGAUGACGAGCGCAAGCGGGAUACCUUCGAAGCCGCGAAUUGUCAACUUGGCGUACACUAUUCCUCCGAGCUGUACGGCGCGAUGGUGGCCCUUUAUGACCAUGCCCAAAACCUGAUUUUGGCCGACAAGCAAGCCAAACUCGUGCAAGUCGACGGGGGAGGGGCUAUUAAUCCCCCACACGACAAGUCGCCCUGCCAAGAGGAGUCCCAUGACAUACCACCAGAAGGAAUCAUUCCGGUGUGGGAUGGCCUGCUACCCACGCUCUUGACCGCAGCCACAUCUGCCGACGAAAUCGCCAAAGCAAACUUCAAGGCCCUUACGCCCCGGAAAGAGGCCUCGGAUGACGAAGGUGACGAAGACGAGCCAGACAACAACGACGAGUCUGGGGACGACGACGGGGACACCAGCGAUGUGACGCCCCGCGCAAAGAAAACCGUGUUCCAGCCGUCGUUUAGACUGGCCUACGAAGAACUGCGGCACUUGGCGCUGUUCCGCCCCCACUCGUCUGAUCUCUUGCGCGACAAAUUGGCGGCCAACCUUGCGUUCCUAUGCAGCGAAAUCCCCGUCAUGGGGGGCAUAUUCCAGCUCGACGAGGACGUGCCAGAUGUCCACGACGCUCUCUGCAUGGCGGCAUCGGCAUUUAUCCGGCAGGCCGUGGACGCCAGUGUCGAGUCAGUGUUUGAAGCAGAAAAAAACUUGGCCAUCGCGCACGUUCAACGCAAACAUGUGUGGAUUCCAGACAAGCUGACGUUCCCCUCGGGUCUGCUCCCAAGCCCCUCGUCGCAUGUAGCCAGCACAAACGUGGUGCUACACGUGGACCUGGACGUGUCCCAUUGCUUUGUGUUGGGUCCACGCCAGUUGAACGUUGCGCCACCUCCAAACGGCGAUGGCGGAACCAUCACCCCUGUCCCUAGCGAAUGGAAAUGGAUGGACGGCAUUGAGUCGUUCACGCCGUCUAAAAUUGCGCACGUUGCGACGAUCCUCCAAACACUUAUCGACACCUACACAAGUCGCUUUGAAGCGGCGGCGUCGAGUGCCCGCAACCCGACUACGACGAUCCAAGUCCUCUUGAUCAGCAAUAUGACCACUCCACGACGUGGCAAGGCCAAGAAAAAGUCGCCGCCGCUGCUGUCCCCGGUGACGCCAGUGCCGUCGAUGGCUCACGUCGCCCACAAACUCGAAACUGUGUGCGGCCAGUUGGUGCAUUUUGAACCGACUGUGGAGGCUAUGAUGGCGUUGAGUCGACCUUCAAACCACGCAUUGGACAAAGGGGACCCUGGCACCACCCUACCCCUUGACGAGAGCGCGCUGUCCACGGACGUGCCAAAGGAGGGCUCGCCCCGCAAACCUUCGCUGGUGUUCCAGUUUCACCUCGCCGAGGCACUUCCGUUGCUCCACCACCCACCCCCACCGGAACUACCCGUCGAGGCGGCACCCCCCGUCGACGACAAGCCAGCGAAAGACGAUGGAAAGAAGGACAAGAAAAAGACUGCUGGUCCCAAGAAGGACAAAGAUGACGACGGGUCUCCCAAGGGUGUUGUCCACGCCACCACCGCCGUCGUGUCCGCGCGACGGGCGUCGAAUCUCCAUGCUCUUUCGUACGAGUCGUCCGAGGCGCGGCGUCACGCGGUGUGGACCGGCACGUAUGCAGACGCCGUGUCCGACGCCUUGAGCGGAUGGGCUGACGUUGUCGUGAGCGACACGUUUGGUUCGGAAGAUGAAUGGGCCACCGUUGGCGCGCUGCGUCCUGGUCGUCAGCUGCUGGGCCCGCGCCUGGGCGACGAGUGUGCCCGCGUGGGUCGAUUCAUGCAGCCACACCAGGACUUGGUGCUUCGGCACCACUCCGACGGAGGAUCGUGUCGUGUCGUGCUGGGCGGUCGAACGUUUUCCGACAAGUUGUGGCUGCUCGACGGGAUCAUGGACGUGGCAGAUGAAGUGUACUUCUGUGGCGGAGUCGCCUUGUCGAUUUGUCGGUACUUCCACCUCCCCAAAGAAGCCCGAGCUACUGUAGCGGGCGUCCUUGGCUUUGAAGUCGAGCCGGCGAUGAGUCAUCGGGUCAUGGAAAUGCUACGCAGCAAAGCCGCGCGAAACCUCGUCAAGCUCUACGUGCCGUUCGACUGGUGCGUUGGCGACUCGCCGUUGGACGGCGGCGGGGGCGACGAUGACGAAGGAGGACGCGGGUCUCCCUCAACAUCCGCACCCGCGGCUGCGUCAUCGGCCGAGGCGUUUGGUGACGACGGAGGUGGUGACAAUGGUGACGACGAUGACGACGAUGACGAUGAAUGCGACGAGGAAGGCGACGAAGACGACACUACCAAGAAAUCGAAAAUCAAAGCAGUGGCGAUGGCCACCGUCGUGGCCGUGGAGCCAUUGCCGACGUCUGAUCCAGCGAGCGUCGAAACGUACGAUGGCAUCGUGAUGCACGUGGCAUAUGCUGGGGCGGACGCUGUCGCAGACUGGCUUUGCGUCGACGACUUGACGCCCGGGUGCUUGUCGCGGUUUCUGUGCCGCACCAAGUCUGACGGCAUGACGCUUCCGACUCCGCACGAGUGGGUCCACCGAGCCUUCGACACGGGUCCGUUGUCCAUGCAGGCGCUCGUGGCCCGAGUUGCACCGACACGCCGCCUCGUCGUCGCCGGACUCCCCGGGGUUGUGGAAUACGCCGAGUUUCAGUCAAGCGCUCGGUCGUUGGCGGCGCUCGUGGGGAGGCAGCAGGAAGAUGCUUGUCCCCCGCUAGUAGUCGGCAGCAAGACGCAGGAGUGGAUGCAACGGUUGGCGUCCGAUGGGUUUCGUGCCUCCCGGAACGCAUCCGUGCUGAAGUAUUUGGUGGCCGGCCAACCGCAUCCGGCGGUGUUGGCCAUCUCGUCCAUCCACGAGACCCAUGAUGUGAGUGUAGCUGCAACCGAAAGCCAAAUCAGUGGACCCAAAGAAACGAGUGAAACCGCGGCAGAGGAGUAGUAGCAGCGUGUGAAGCCAGUACACAAUUUGCACUUUGGUAUGCAUGAGUGAAC